AUGUCUAGCGAGUGCUCCUCUCACAACGAGGAGAGCAGCGCAGCUGACGCUGCGUCUGCGCCCGACUGCUGCGCGGCAGAAGUUUCCGGGGGGGGGCCAGCCCCCCCAGAAGCGGCUGCUGCUGUGUGCGGGGAUGCUGCUGCUGCUGCAGCAGCUGAGGCACAGUCCUUAGAAGAAGCACAGCAGCCAGGGACCUCCCCAGGCCCCACGGAGGAUAGCAGCUCCGACCAGCCACAGCAGCAGCAGCUGCUGCAACAGCAACAGCAACAGCAGCAGCAGCAGCAGCAGCAGCAGCAUAAUCAACUGCAGCAGCGCGUCAUGCAGCAGAUGGAGCAGCAACAGCGGCGACUUGGUGGCCUGCAGCUUGACAGUAGUACAGCGCAGUUGCUUGGCGUGGAGUCCUCUCCCUUCACAGCAGAACAGCUCGUGCAGCAGCAGCAGCAGCAGCAGCAACAGCAGCUGCUGAUGCGCCUCUAUGGGCCUACUUGCAUGGCUCCCACAGUCGACAGCGUGGGGCCCGGAGGCGGCAGGUUUGGCCCGCCUCCAGGCCUUGAAGCAAUGGGCGGUCCCAAAAGUGGCUCGCGACCCCCAGCACAGCUGCUGCCGCUGCAGCUGCAGCAGAAGACCAAACGCCAGCAGAUCGGCUUCAGCAGCAGCAGCAGCAGCAGCAGCAGCGGCAGCAGCAGGGGACCCUUCUGCCGAACGCAGAACGGCCGUCUCUGUUAA